CACCUACUCUCCUGUAUUAACCAGCCAAGUUUGUCUAGCGAUGAAGUAAUAUUUCCUCCGCUUUCGUGCUCAUCCCUACAUUCGCGGUCGGAUCUGUGGUCCUCAAUGGCAGCGAGGAAGUGAUUGAGGGAGCGUCGAGAAACUGGGAUGCAAUACAUAUGCAAAGAGACGGCUCUGCAAACCACAUGCCAUUUGCUCCAUUAUUAUUUUUUGCUGAAUUAUAAAAUAUAUACUCAAGAGGAGCUUCUAAACAGAGAGACGGACAACUGCACAGAAAACAGAUCUGCAUGUGAUAUCCUUGGAUCAGGUGCAUUCAGCGGCAGAAGAUGCAGCCUGCAAGCAAGCUCCUAAGUCUUACCCUCCUUGUACUGAUGGGCACUGAACUCACCCAAGUGCUGCCAGCUAACCCCGAGGAGUCAUGGCAGGUGUACAGCUCAGCGCAAGACAGCGAGGGCAGGUGUGUGUGCACUGUUGUUGCUCCUCAGCAGACCAUGUGCUCGCGGGAUGCCAGGACCAAACAACUGAGACAGCUUCUGGAAAAAGUCCAGAAUAUGACCCAGUCAAUCCAAAAUCUCGACCAGAGGACACAAAAAGACCUGCAGUAUGUGCAAAGAAUGGAGGUGCAGUUGAGAGGCCUGGAAUCCAAGUUCAAACAGGUGGAGGAAAGCCACAAACAGAAUAUCGCCAAGCAAUACAAGGCCAUAAAAGCAAAAAUGGAGGAACUUAGACCAAUGAUACCAGUGUUGGAGGAAUACAAGGCCGAUGCAAAAUUGGUAAUGCAGUUUAAAGAGGAGGUCAAGAAUCUGACAUCAGUGCUAAGUGAACUGCAGGAGGAGAUCGGGGCGUUUGACUACGAGGAGCUUCACAACAGGGUGUCAAAUCUUGAGGAGAGGCUUCGUGCAUGCAUGCAAAAAUUAGCAUGUGGGAAGCUGACUGGAAUAAGUGAUUCCAUAACCGUAAAAACAUCUGGAUCAAGGUAUGGAUCCUGGAUGACUGACCCACUUGCCCCUGAUGGUGAUACAAGGGUCUGGUACAUGGAUGGCUACCACAAUAACCGCUUUGUCCGGGAAUACAUGUCCAUGGCUGACUUCAUGUAUUCUGACAACUUCACGUCGCAUCGGCUUCCUCACCCCUGGUCAGGCACAGGACAGGUUGUCUACAAUGGCUCAAUCUACUUCAACAAGUUCCAAAGCAACACCAUCAUCAAAUUCGAUUUUAAGACGGCUACCAUCAGCAAGUCAAAUCAGCUGGAUAACGCUGGCUACAACAAUCGCUACCACUACUCCUGGGGUGGUCACUCAGACAUUGAUCUAAUGGUGGAUGAAGGCGGGCUUUGGGUUGUGUACGCCACCAAUCAAAACGCAGGGAACAUCGUCAUCAGCAAGCUCAAUCCAUCAACUCUGCAGGUCAUCAAGAGCUAUACCACCAACCACCCAAAGAGGAGCGCAGGUGAGGCCUUUAUGAUCUGUGGAACACUUUAUGUCACCAAUGGCUACUCAGGAGGGACAAAGGUCUACUAUGCUUUCCAUACCAACUCCUCUACUUACGAGUACAUUGACAUUCCCUUGCAGAAUAAGUAUUCCCAUAUCUCCAUGCUGGAUUAUAACCCCAGAGACAGAGCUCUUUAUGCAUGGAAUAAUGGGCACCAGGUGCUGUACAAUGUCACAUUGUUCCACGUCAUUCGCUCUGAGGAGCUUUAAAUAUCCACACAGUGACAUUCUUCAUCCAUUUGAGAUCUACAGUAGCACUGAUGGAAUUUAUAAUUGAAAAAUAGAGUAUUGCCCGAUGAUUGUUCAAUAAAGGACAUCAAAAUGUAUCAAAAGUAAUAGUUAGAGGCAACAUAAUAAACAGCUGCCAAAAGGUAUUUUUCUUCUUUUUUUAAGACUAAGAAUGCUUAGUUCAGGCUUUCUUUAGAUGAUUGUGUUGGAAUUUUUCUUAUAACGAGUACUUGUACAGCUUUAUGUAUGAACAUUACUCAAAACACCCUGUUAAUAGGGGUAAAAAUGUGUGACGCAAGAAAGAUGUUAUUUAGUUACCCAGUUACAGUGACCUCAAAAGUAUUUAGACAUUUAAGCCUCUCUUAAAAUGUAAUGAAUGUUGUUGAUUUCUUUUUUUAUAUAUCAAACCAAGGGCCAUUUGCUAAAUAAAUGCAGCACAAGCACACUUUUCUGACAAAUAAGUGAAACAGAAGCUUGUUUGAUUUCCAAUUCUACAACAAUAGAUAUAUUGUUUAUAAUGAAGUAACAAAAUGUGAACACUUCCCCUAUUUAAAACUUGUGCAACAUUACCAAAGAGAGUUAUUUAAUGUAAUAAACUGUACACCUGUGGUCAGGGGCAGACUGGCCAUAGGGAGAACCAGGACUUAUCCCGGGUGGGAAAACUGGUGACGAUUAGCUGGUGACGAUUAUCUGAGCUGGCCGCCGCGUUAUACCAAAUGGACCGCGACUGGCUAAAGAGGGCUGCAAUAUGCAGAAAAGUACACCAACACCCUACACUCCAUGUGGUUAUGGAGCAGUCCUCUAAAAAAAUUUCAUUAUCUCAUCAUUUACUCACCAUAUACCAUCUCAAACUCAUAUGACCUUUGAUCUUCUGCAGAACAUAAAGGAAGAUAUAUUGAUGGAGAUAUGAAGUGCUUAUGUCCACCCAAUACAAGUCAAUGGGGUCCAACAUUUUCAAGCUCCAAAAAGGACAUAAAGACAGCAUAGAGGAAUCCAUACAAUUUAUAUGGUUUAAUCCACAUGCUCUGAAGCAAUGCAAUUGGUUUUGGGUGGGAAACAGACCAAAAUGGAAUAAAUGGGCAGUGGUGGCUCAGUGGUUAAGGCUCUGGGUUACUGACCAGAAGGUCAGGGGUUCAAGCCCCAACACCACCAAGACACCACUGUUGGGCCCUUGAGCAAGGCCCUUGAACCUAUCUGCUCCAGGUGCUGCAUCAUGGCUGACCCUGCACUCUGACCCCAGCUUAGCUGGGAUAUGUGAAAAAGAAAUAAUUUCACCAUGUAUAUGCAGAAAUGUGUGACAAUUGAUCAAUUAAGUUUAAUUAAAUUAAAUUUUUUAUCUUAAAUCUUGACAUUUGUAGUCUCCUGGGCACGAUCAUUAUUUGAAGCUCGAUUACACUUCCCCCGUGCUUGGCGAGUUUGAGAUGGCAUAAGGAUGACUAAAUGAUGAGAGAUUAUACUUUAUAAUUUUAUAGAUUAUAAUUUUUGGGUAAACUAUUCCUUUUAGUGUCUAAAUACUUUUGGGGGGCCACUGUAUGUACUUGUAUUUAGAGCAAUCAAGACAACUUAACAUCUACUAAAGAACAGAAGGCACUGACUGUUGGAGGUAAUCUGUUAAAGAACUUCAGUCUGUUGUUGUGAUUUUAUGUCGUUUCUGAAAUUCUCAAAUAUUUGCAUGGGCAUUUUUAGCAGAAAGUCUCACAUGAUUGUAUGUUUUUUGCAGUAAUACAGUAUGAAUCUUGUAUGUGAAAAAGAGAUUACAUUAGUGAUGGGUUUGCUAUCCUUCCUGCCAUGUUUAUUUUAUUUAUUUUUGCUGUAUCUUUUGUGUUGGGUUAUCUUUAAAAUUUGUGUUAAUAAAGUGAAUCACAAAUAGUAGGGAUGGUAAGCAAAGGAAUCCAAAAUUAUAUACAAGUUGUCAGCAAAAAAAACGAAAAAAAAUGUGUCAAACAACAAUGUGAAUAAUUUAUUUAUAAGGUAGUAUUCUCUGUCUGUAUUUCAAGACAGCUUCAUGUGUCUUUUGUCUUAGUUAGAAGAAAUAGAUGGUGUCAUCUAAAACUGUUAGUUACGCUUGCAUCUGUGUUGUAUUUGCAAUGUGAUUCAUAUCAAUAA